AUGUCUGUGUCGGAUGCGCUGGCGAGAGUCCAAAAGUUUGCUGCCGCCGAGGCAGCAGGAGACAAGGAUGCCCAUGCGGCUCUUCUCAAGUCCAUCCGGGAGCUGCAGCUGGCAGCGGAGACACCGCUCGAAACAACUUCACGGAUGAACUUCCAGAUUAUGCAAAAUAUCUCCAUCCGCGUCGCUAUCGAGAAUCGCUUUCUCCAUGCCAUCGCCGACCGGGGUGGCCAAUCCAUCUCCGCUAGCGAGAUCGCCCGUCAAACGUUGUCCGAUCUUCUCUUGACAGUUCGUGUCUUGCGGGUAUUGACAGCAAUUGGGCUCUGUGACGAAGUUGGAACCCAGCUCUAUGCUGCCAACAAAAACACGCAUUUCAAGAUUCUGCCAGGGUCUAUUGCAGCAGAAAAGCACCACUUUGAUUUGGAUUUUGGAAUGGGAGGUAAACUUGUGGAAUAUAUGCGCGGUCCAGGCAUUCAGCAGUUUGCAGACGAGCCAGAUGCGGUCACCCUUUUCAAGUAUGCGCAUGGAACAGACGUCAUCUUUGGCUUGUUGGAGGAGAAUGCGGAGCAGAAACAGGCAUUCGAUGACUACAUGGCCGCCCGUCGUGUAGAUGACAUGCCUCAGUGGUUCGAGAUCUAUCCCGCUGCGGAGAAACUUAACGAUCUUCGACAAGAUCCCAAUAUACCACUCAUGGUUGACGUUGGGGGUGGCCCUGGACAGGAACUCGCAAGAUUCAAGGAGCGAUAUCCUAAAAUACCCGGACGAUUCGUCUUGCAGGAUCUUCCAUUGACCUUACAACGCAUUCAAGGACUACCGAGUGGGAUCGAGACCAUGGAAUAUGAUUUUUUCACAUCUCAACCUGUGAAAGGAUCUCGAAUUUAUUUCCUCCGUGAUGUUCUGCACAAUUGGUCCGAUGCGAAGAGUGCGCAAAUUCUUUUUAGAAUUGUUGAAGCCAUGGAUCCGGAAUACUCUACUCUGUUAAUCGACGAUUAUGUCCUUCCCGACACGGAUGCUGACCUUCGUGCUGCAGAAAUGGAUAUCUUGAUGUGGCUACACACGGCAGGAUUGGAGAGAACCGUGUCGCAAUGGAAGAGACUUUUUGACACAGUCGGAUUGGAGCUCAUUCAGAUCUGGAGUUCUGCUCGAGGCAAUGAGUCUGUGCUAGAAACUCGAAUUGUCACAUCGAUGGUCAAUAUCAUUUAG